GACGUGGUUGACGUGGUUGACGUGUGAAAUACUACUGCUGUUCUAGAUUUUUGGUCGCGUACCUGAGCGAAGUCGCGUAUUCCCCACGUAAAGGCUGGCAAGGCGGGAGCGAGUCAACACCACAUUUGUUGGAAAACAUUUCACUUUUGCCCCAAGCCUACCACAGUUGAAGUUACAGAUCCCACUCAUGUCGGCCGGGCAGUACGAUGAUAGCAACCGCGCCUUUCUCCAAGCCUUCAUGGCAAGAGGCACCUUGACGUUCAGGGAAGCACGACCCCUCCUCGCCGCCAUAUUCUCUGUGAAAGAUGGCGAAACUGUUCGCCCCGAUGAAGUCACCAUGCCAGAUUUCGAAUCUUACGUCCACGCCGCCUCCGACGCCUUAUCCCCCUUCGACUACGAGAUCCGCUCCACACUACACCAGAUCUCGAAAGAGCGCAUAUGGGCCCUCGUGAACAGCACCAGCGACGCCCUGACGCAAAUGGCAACAGUGAGAGCAGCAGACGAGAUCGCAUUCAUUAAGCGGGUACUAGAUGCGAUGUUUGAAACCUACAAUAUCGAGCGCCAGGAAGUCAUGGGGAUUACGAGCAUGCAGGCCAUGAAAGUAGCGAAAGCGGACGAGAGGAGGCGGCAGAGCAACGGGGCCGGCGAAGAGAGCCAGAGCGCAGACAAGGGGCUCACGCACGGGCAGGCCGAGAAGCUGAUGCUGAGUUUGGUCGAUGAGGGAUGGUUUGAGCGCAGCGAGGCGGGGUGGUUUACGAUUUCUCCGCGGGCGUUGAUGGAGCUCAAAUCCUGGCUCGUGGCGACUUAUAAUGAUCCUGAUGCGGAGGCGGGCGAGUGGCAGCAUAUUAAGAACUGUGAUGCCUGCAAGGGGAUUGUGACGAUGGGACAGAGGUGCUCGGCGGUUUCGUGUACGGUGCGCCUUCAUGAGGGCUGUUUGGGCCCGUUUUGGAGGACGAGGAGGGAAGAAAAGUGUCCCAAGUGCAAGACGCCGUGGAAGGGCUUGUGGGUUGGGGAGAAGGCUGUGACGACGACGGAAGCAUAUAAUCGCGGCAGGAGGAUUAGUGGGGGAGGGAAUAGGAGGCCAGCGCAAGAGGACAAGGAAGAGGAAGAGGUAGAAAACGGGGCAGAGGAAGGGGAGAAGGAAGAUGACGAGGACGAAGUCUGAGAGACGAUAUGUGGAAUAUUACGAAUGGCUGGCGUUAGGGAUUGAGGGCAUGGGGAUCCAGGUGGAGUUAGGGCUAGGAUUUGCCUUCUCGAGUGAUAUUACUCAAUACCAAAGAUCUUCAAAUGCUGGAAAUUUAUACAUAUAGGGGGGGAGUUGGUGGCUAUCAAUGCACUGCUUUGAGAAUCAGACGAUA